AAGUUAAACUUGCAUGAUUCACACAAAAAGUAACAGAAUCGAAUAUUUUCAGAGGAUAAUGGAUGAAAAUAUUAAAAAUAUUGAGGAUAUUACAAAAACUAAGAAGUCUGUUGAAGACAAAGUUGAGAAACUAGAGAAGAAGAUCAAGCUUCCGCAAGAGAAGAAGAAGAAGAUUAAGAGUGUAAACCAUGUUCUUCAGCCUCUUGAUCCUCUACCCCUCCUGGAGUAUGAUCAGCCUCAUCUUAGAGAAGAACUUGUCAAACUUCUAGGAAUAACCUGUAUAAAGAAGAAGAGUUUGAAUUCCAAAAUAGAAUUAUCAAAGCAGCUGAGUCGGGCAGAACGAAGACGACUUCUCAGAGAAAACAGAGACUUCAGAAGAACCAUUCUGAGCAAGGAACCCGGUAUGAGAAUAAACCUAAGAAAAUAUCUUCUAAUAGGAUUAAAUUCAGUUCAGCAAGCUUUACAAGAAGAUAGACUUCAGUUCUGUUUCCUUGAUCCAGUAUCUCCUAAGAACUUGAUUAUUAAUCUCCUUCCUCAGAUGCGGAGCAGAGGAAUUCCUGUUCUAGGGAUUCAGCAACUUAAAGAUCUAACAAAAACUCAUAUUGGAUUCAAAGCGAUGAUUGUCGGAGUUUCAUCAAACAAAGAGGAGGAUUUAAUGCCUCUCGUGAAUGCAGUGUUAACAGCUGUAGAUGAUACCAAGAGAAUUGCGAAACCUGAACCAAUAACUGAAGAGGCUCCUGAGAAUAAAAAUAAAAUUGAUCAAUCUGAACUCUCCGAAGAAAUGAAUAUAUCAACUAGAGAUCCCAUGCUUGUACAGAAUAUCAUAUCUUGAUGAUGAUAUUUAUAUCAAAUCACUAAUUGUACUUAAGUACAUUUUUUACAGA